AUGGCGCCUUUAAUAUGCAACCCGUACGAAAGACAACGAGCAGUUUUCCUCAUCACGACGCCUAUCUCUUUCGGCGUGGUUGAAGUUUCUCAGUCGAGUUAUAAAUUGCUUGCGCGACAUGUCGGAAUGAGCUUAAAUAGCGUUAGUCAUUGGGCUGUUUGCGUCAUCGACAGAGGUCUUGGGGAGUGUUAUUGCUACGAUUUGAUGAGUGAUAGGUUGGAGUUGACGAUGUUGGGAAGAAACUACUUUCGCGUCGCGGCUAUUACGCCUGAGUUUGUUGAUACGUGGAGUUCGUGCUAUUAUAUCGGUGAGACGACAAAGACGCAUGAUGAGAUACAAGAGAUUGGUCAUCGACAUAUUGGACGUAACCCUCGAUAUUCACUACUAUCAAACAACUGUCAGCAUCUCGUUGACAGUCUCGUCAAAGAACUAUGCAACGGCAAAGUCAUCAGUCAAGCGAAACUAGACGAGGAACUAUCUCUGGCUUCACCAAAAAUUGCACGCGACUUGCUCGUAGGGAGGAUCAGAUCAAAGAUGGAGAGUGGGGGUGAGAGUGAGGACAGUCCUUCGAUUAAAGAGCAUUUAGAGGCAAUCAAAAGCACUUGGAUAGAACGAAAGUUGAAAUCAUAA